AAAAAAUGUCCGAAAGUGGUUGUGUACGAUUUUGUGAAUUUAAUCUUUAAAAUAUUUAGAUUUACUUAUAUUUGUUUAUUAAAAUUAUCUAAUUUCUAUAGAUCCCGGUCUUAGACUAAAAUUGUUUAUAAAUUAAUUAUUAAAAAUCAAUUACUUGUUUUCUUAUGUCGUGAACGUUUGCGCAUUUCAUAAAAUUCUGUCCGUGGUUGUUUGUGUGUUGGUGAGCGUGAUGGACAAAUAGAUGAAAUGUAUUGAAGUGUAUUGAAGCUUUGAAAUUCGCCGGUACACUGCAAAAUAUCAAGUUUAAUAUUUAUAAAGUGCGGAUGCGGAGCACAUACCGAGGAGUUUGAGUUGAUAUCGUAACCCAAAAUUUAUACAUAAUCUGGACGAAUUUAUUUAUAUUCUAUAUAUCGCGUGUUUGGAGAAGGCUAUUUCUUGAAUUGGGUCACUGGUGAAUUGAAAAAUUGUAAAUUAUCGGAUAACGCCAGCCCACAAGAUGGCCGACUGUUAUUCGUAAGAUAAUGUCCGGUGCGUCUGGUUCAUCAGGAAGUGGAACAGGACGCGGCCGAGGCGGUGCAGGGUCAAGUGGAGCUAUAACUGAUAACAAACCAGAUUCUAAAGAGAACAAACCCAAUCCAAAAAUGUCUAAAGCACUUGGUACAUCUGCAAAGAGGAUCCAAAAGGAACUAGCAGAGAUUACUCUAGACCCGCCUCCCAAUUGCAGUGCGGGACCCAAAGGGGACAAUCUUUAUGAAUGGGUGUCUACCAUUCUAGGGCCACCUGGUUCGGUAUAUGAAGGUGGUGUGUUUUUCCUAGACAUUCACUUCUCACCAGAGUAUCCAUUUAAGCCUCCUAAGGUGACAUUCCGAACUAGGAUAUACCAUUGUAACAUCAACAGCCAGGGUGUGAUAUGUCUAGAUAUACUCAAAGAUAAUUGGUCACCAGCAUUGACAAUAUCUAAGGUCCUACUAUCUAUAUGCUCAUUGCUAACUGACUGUAAUCCAGCGGAUCCACUAGUGGGCAGUAUUGCAACACAAUACAUGCAGAAUAGAGAGGAGCACGAUCGUAUCGCGCGCCUCUGGACCAAGCGUUAUGCGACAUGAUUGCCCUGCCCCCCCACAUCCGUUGCGGAACAACUUAAUACUAUCAUACUCAACACCAUUCUGUUCUAAAUCCAUCCUGUACACGUAAAUGUAAGCUUACAAUGUUAACAAAGUAUCCAAUCAAUUAGUACACACUACUUGCAUCAUAUUCAUUAAUUUUACAAAUGUUUUAGAUCAAAUGUAGUUAUAUGAAUAUGAUGCAAAAUGUGCAUGUUCAUGACGGCUUAUUAAUAUUUAGUUGCAAUUAAUGUGAUGUCAACAUGCUUGAGAAGAAGGUCUGAUGUGUAUAACUUUAAGGGACGUAAAAUUUUUAGUUACAAAAUGGAUGAUUUUCUGUUAAUUUUAUAGUUGUGUUAAAUGCGGCGACAAUCCCGUUUUAGUUCAAAAGUGAAUUUGGUAAUGACUAGUCAUGGUUUUGUUCCAUUCUGGUAGUGAAUGUAAGAUAAUACUUUUCCAUAUAUAUGUAUACAUAUUCUGGAAUUAUUACUGAAUUGAAUUUUGUGUAAUGGGACGUGAAUUUCUAAUGAUUUACAAAUAGUAGGUUAAAUCAGUGAAUUGAGUCAAUUUUGCCGCGGAAUCGCGAUGAUCUCAAACACUUUUAACUAAUUGUAGCAGUCUCGUGUGGUCAUGAAUAGAGAGAUCUACAUAUCGAAUAAAAAUUGGAAUUAAUAGCACUUCCUAUAUCUUUGUUUUUAUUUGCAGAAACCAAUAUGCACGGAACUUUCUCUGCUCUAUUGCCAGUUUAUUUUUACACUUUAUUAAAUACAAUUAAAAACUAUAAAAAUCUCUAAUAAACAUAAUCUCUCAUGAACAGUCAUUAACCGUAGAAAAUAUUUGUUAAUUUGCGGAUAAUGAAUAGGAAAUAAUAUAACUGUCUAAUUAUAAAACAAUACAUUUUAGGCAUGCACUUUAUAACUAGUUUCAUUGGUACAUUCAUAUAUAAAAUAAAUGCUAUUAUGAUCUGUAUAAAAACGUGUUUAUAAUCCCUGCGCAUACGAUGUACGGAGCAUAGUCCCAUUAUUCUACAGCUGUAGAACUAUCUGUAUCAGAAAUAUAGUAGAUCUCUUCUAGGACCGUGUUCAUUAGGAAUCAACACGAUAUCCAUUGAUACGAAAAUGUAAUAAGUAUAUGUAUUAAUUGACUCUACUCCAUAAAAUAAGACUCCAUAACAUAGAUUCAAAUGUACUAUUUAAUCACUAAGAAAAUGUACUUCUUGAAAUGUAGGUACAUAAUUGUAACAAUACUCUUCCAUGUCUUCAACGCUGUUCCCUUACCUAAGCCUUAUUAUAUGAAAAAUUUUGUAGAUUUUCUACUUUGUCCAUUUAAUUUAAGACUUAGAUAGUCAAAUUAUUUAAAUAUUUUGCCGUUGAAACUUUCUUUCGCAUAAUAUAAGUGCAAUUAUUACGAGAUUUCUAAAAUACGGCGCAUUUUAGUACACAAUUUUGAAAUGAAAGUACCUACAUAAGGUCGAGGAUAUAAAACCUAUUUAUUUUUUAUAGUAAAGGGCUUGUGGAUGUGUUACAAGAUGUGAUCAUGCUAGGUCUAACGUGAUGGAUCGUAUUAUGAUGAAAUUCUAAUUAUUGUAAUGUAAUACCGUCAAGUGACUUGACAAUAUUGGUAGGAGCCAGUUUUAUUGUUCCCAAAAAUUGUUUACAAAAAUGACAUAUCAAUUGCGUCUUCUAGAAUUGUUGGCGAUUGAUUUGUAAUUCCUUUCCUUAGGGUCAAAUUGCACUAUCAAAUUUAUAGGAUCAUAUCUGUGUAUUGAUACUUUUAAAUCAUAUGGUAGAGAAAAGUAAAAGAUCUACUGGAUUACAGUAUAGCAUGUAGCCAGGUCAUUUAUUCAUCGCGUUUUUUACUAAGAUAAAGAUACAUGUGGUCCUAUAUAUAUGAUAAUGGAAUAUCCCAUAACUAUCAAAUCUGCUACCGUAACAUGCGCGCUGACCAAUACGUGCCAAAUAUUACCGGGCACACUUGGCCUCUGCUCCAGUCGAACGUUAUUCGAUCUUUUCUAUAUUCCGUUUAGAUUGUAAACAGUUAUUAGAUGUAAGUUAUUCUAUUAUCUAGGUAUUGUAUAAUGUAUGUCUUAACCUUAGUAAUAAAUAGAUUUAGUAUUGUAAUGAUUUUAGCGAAAAGCGUAUGUCGCGCGUAUAUGAAUGUUUUGGUGAUAUUGUAAUGAUGAAGUUCAUUAUAUUUUUAAUUGAUGAAUUUGGUGAUUUAAUUAGUGGUGCUGUGAGGUUCAAAUGCUUGCGACAUACAAGGAGGUGAAUACUACGAUUGUAUUCCGGACUGGGUAUAUUUGGUCAAUGUGAUUUUUUUAGUUAUUUUUACAACUAUGUUGCUUGCAUAAGACAACAACUGUAUUUAAUUGACGCGACUGAAUGUUCCUUAAAACUUGAUGUAUAAACUCUGACCCCUUGUAAUCAUCCUAUGUUACAAUUUAUAUUAUGGUAUAAAAUAGGAGAAUAAAAUGUGUGUAACUAGGACACUGAA